CUCAUUGUUGCCUCCAAUAAUCGCUCUUUCUACUAUUGAUUAUGCUCCUAGCAGUCUACUGCAGCUGCUGCUACUACUACUACUACUUGUACUAAUCAUCAUCAUAUAACUACUACUUUUCCCUUCACUGCCUAUAUACUUGCAGCCAGGGCUACCAUCUUGUCUCCCCUUCUCUUCUCUUGCUUUUAGGGUUUCCUCCUUUGAACUUUCCCAUCCACGCAUCAAGAAAAUUUGCAGAAUUUGUCGGAUAUAUUUCGAUGGCUGCAUCAUUCUUCUUAAACGAAUCAGGGGACAGAGCUUGAAGUUGGAGGAUCUUCCGUCUUUUUCUUCUAUAUAUUGUGCUGCUUGGAUAAGGGACAGGAGCAAGGAUGGCUUCUUCCAGUUACUCCAAUUCUCCUUGUGCUGCCUGCAAGUUCUUGAGGAGAAAAUGCCUGCCAGGUUGCAUAUUUGCUCCAUAUUUCCCUCCAGAGGAGCCGCAGAAGUUUGCCAAUGUGCACAAGAUAUUUGGAGCGAGUAAUGUAAGUAAGCUGCUCAAUGAAAUCCAACCUCAUCAGAGAGAAGACGCGGUAAAUUCUCUUGCCUAUGAAGCUGAGGCACGGUUGAAAGAUCCGGUUUAUGGUUGUGUUGGAGCAAUCUCGGUUCUCCAAAGGCAAGUUCUUCGUCUUCAGAAGGAGUUAGAUGCCACGAAUGCUGAUCUAAUGCGAUAUGCAAGCAAUGAAAUGCCACAAGGAUACCCAGGCAACAGUGGCUCGAAUCAGAUGGGGAGACGGAUGAAUAAUGCAGAUAGUUCCUUCGGUCAGUAUGAAUAUCCAUCUCCUUAUUAUAUGUCAUCAUGGGACAAUAGCUUCUCAGGUGAUCAUCCUGAUAAGCCUGGAGAUAGUAACACAUGAGCUAUUUGUGCGCAAUUACUGGCUAGAUAACCUAUAUGCUAAUUAGGUCUAUGGAUGCAGUAAGGAGCCAGGAAAGGAAGCAUUAUCAUAUUCCACAUCCUGUAACAUAUGUAUGAGAAGAUGCAGCUAAUUCUAGCUUGUUGCAACUUCUCAAAGCGAUAGGAAAAGUAAGAUAUAUUUGGGAAACUUAGUAUGUAAUUUGGAGAGUGAGUUAUGGAAAAUAUUUGAAGCUUUGUAAAUGAGCUGCUAGUAAUCAAAUGUUUGUGUCCUUGCUUCGACAGAAUCCGCCCAUAUGGGAAUCGUUCCUUUUUUUUUUUGGUAAG